UAAAGGGAGUAAGACGCAGCUGUCUGGAGGAUGAGCGUUUUUUUAAUGUUUAAUUUAACAACAGAAUCCUAAGAUAUAUAUUUUUUAGACCUUAAGUAGAAAACAAGAAAUGGCUUUAGAUCCUGGAUUAUUUUUUCCUGGAGAUGAAAGGAUGAAGGUCUGGGCCACUGUCUUUGUCCUGUGUGCAGUCUGGCCCAGUGCUUUGUCUGUGACGCGCUACUCCAUAGCCGAGGAGAUGGAGAGGGGCUCUGUUGUGGCCAAUCUCGCUGCGGAUUUGGGACUUGAGCCCGGAGGUUUGGCCCAACGAGAGGUAAAACUUGAUAUUUUCACCAACAAGAAAUAUCUAGAUUUUAACAAAAAGACAGGGGAGCUGUACAUCGUGGAAAAGAUGGACAGGGAAUAUCUUUGUCCGGCGAAGCCCACGUCCUGUUUUCUAAAGCUUGACGUGAUCAUAGAGAGUCCCUUACGCAUCUUUAACAUAGAGCUCGGAAUAACGGACAUAAACGACAACGCUCCGCAUUUUCGACGGGACAGAGUAGAGCUCGACGUGUCGGAGUCGGCCACGCCGGGAGAGCGGUUCUCUCUGCCUAAUGCUGUGGAUCCAGAUGUGGGCGUUAAUACAAUAAAAACAUACAAGCUCAGUGUCAGUGAACAAUUCACCAUCGAAAUUCAGACGGGCAGUGACGGAACUCAGUACGUGGAUUUGGUGUUGACCAAGUCUUUAGACAGAGAGGAGAAAGCUGUUCAUAAUCUAAUAUUGACUGCUGUGGACGGCGGAGUCCCUGUGCGCUCUGGCACUGCCAACAUCAUCGUUAGAGUGCAGGACACAAACGACAACCCUCCUCGGUUUGACAAGCAGACUUACACCGUUAACAUGACGGAAAACUCUCCGAUCGGAACCUUGGCGAUGAAGCUUGACGCCACAGAUCUGGACGAGGGUAAUUCGGAGAUUGUGUACUCGUUCACCCUUUACACGUCAGAGAAGACACAAGAUGUCUUUGCUCUAAAUCCGAACACGGGGGAAAUAACAGUGAAGGGCACUAUUGACUAUGAAGAUAUGAAAUUCUAUGAGAUGCACAUUGAGGCCAGGGACAAAGGGAUUCAUCCGUUAUUGGGACAGUGUAAAGUGGUCGUCCACGUGACUGAUAUGAAUGACAAUUAUCCAGACAUCACCAUACAGUCUGUUAAAAACACAGUGAAUGAGAACAUCCCAGUAGGAAGUGUCAUAGCUCUAGUAGGCAUAAGUGACAGAGACAGUGGCGAUAAUGGAAAAGUGAGCUUAUCAAUACAUCAGCCGAUGCCCUUUAUUCUAAACAGUUCAUCAGAAAGACCCAUGCAUUAUAAUCUCAUAGUGUCUGAGCCUUUAGAUCGUGAAAUUGUUCCAGAAUAUGACAUCAUACUGGUUGUGACUGAUGCAGGGACUCCGCCUUUAUCUGAUAAUGAGACAAUAACUGUGCAUCUGCUUGAUAUCAAUGACAACGCACCACAGUUCCCUCAGUCGUUUAAUACGAUACGUGUGAUGGAGAAUAACGCACCUGGGGCCUUGCUCAGUUCACUCACUGCCUUUGACCCUGACCUCCAUGAAAACCAGUAUCUGGUUUAUUUCAUCCUAGAGAAGGAGAUAGCCAACACCUCCAUGUCCAUGCUGUUCUCCAUCAACCCAGAGAACGGUAAUCUUUACGCACUGGAAAAACUUUGAUCAGAGAUCGAGAAGGAGUUUCUUUUCCACAUCGAGGCCAGAGACUCUGGUUCUCCUCCACUCAGCAGUAACGCCACUGGGUCCAUAUUGUUUGACCAGAAUGACAACGUCUGCUAUCGGGUGGUUCCGUGCGCGCACGGCUCGGUGGUGGAGGAGAAGAUCCCCAGAUCCACAGAUAAAGGUCUGGUUGCCAAGGUGAUCGCUUUAGACACAGACUCGGUGCACAACUCUCGGAUUACCUACCAGGUUUCUACAGUGACUGACGCCACCUUGUUCAGUCUGGACCAAUACAACGGGAUCCGGACUAUGAGGAUGUUCCAGCAGAGAUCCACGCAACAGAGACUGACGGUUGUUGCUAAGGACAACGGGGAGCUCGCUCAUAAGCAGUUACUCACGCUGUCCACAGUGGAGACUGCCUAAGGCCUACUCAUGACUGAGGUGCCUCUAGAGUACGACAUCUUCUCAGACCUAAACCUGUAUUUGGUGAUCGGUCUGGCUCCGUGUCGUUUUCUCCUGCUCAUCACCAUAUUGGCCACCAUCGUGCUCAAGUGUCAGAAACCCAAGCCCAGCAAAGGGCUCCUCCCCGCAGGAACAGUGAUCAGUGAGAGGAACUCCACCAUCGCAGAUUCCAUGGUCUCCAACGAUGCCUACUGGUACAGUCUGUUUCUGGCUGAGACCAGGAAAGGAAUGGUCAGACAGCCUGUGCCAAAGGUGGCUCCAGAUACAUCGCGGUCCAGUAUACCGAGAGGAACAGACCUCACAGACACCAGUGUGGCAGUAUCUACUCUGCAGGUAGGAAAUUAA